GAGUCACGGAAAGUCAAGGAAGAACGUGACUGACGACUUGUACUUCACAGAAACGUCCCCUGCUAGUUUGCUCACAUUGGAACGAGAGACAUCCGAGCCCGCCAGGAUGGGCUCUCUUUUUCGAGGUGAAGAGAUGUGCCUGGCCCAGCUGUUUCUGCAGUCUGGGUCCGCAUACGACUGCAUCAGUGAACUGGGAGAACUGGGGCUGGUGGAGUUCAGAGACCUCAAUCCCAACGUGAACGCCUUCCAGCGAAAAUACAUCAGUGAGAUCAAAAAAUGUGAAGAGAUGGAGAGGAUCCUUGGAUACCUUCUUAGAGAAAUCAAGAAAGCAGAUAUUCCUUUGCCAGAAAGAGAUAUGAGUCCCGUGGCUCCUUCACCCAAGCAUGUCAUGACUAUAAUGGAACAGCUGCAGAGACUUGAGGUUGAGUUAGGUGAAGUCACCAGAAACAAAGAAAAGCUACAGAAGAAUCUUCUGGAGCUGACAGAGUACACACACAUGCUUCGCAUCACCCGCAGCUUUGUACAGAGAACUGCUGAGAGAGAGCCACAGCAAGUGCAGUAUGAGGAGUUUCCUUUUCUUGAAAAAGACACAAGGAUGGACUACAGCAGCAUGCAGAGGCUCGGAGCCAAACUGGGUUUCCUUUCUGGUCUGAUUCAAAGAGCUAAAAUUGAGGCCUUUGAGCGAAUGCUUUGGCGAGUUUGCAAAGGUUACACCAUCCUCAGCUAUGCUGAAGUCGAAGAGUAUCUAGAAAAUCCUGAAACGGGUGAGCCUACCAAAUGUGUGGUCUUCCUGAUAUCUUACUGGGGAGACCAAAUUGGCCAGAAAGUAAAGAAAAUCUGUGACUGCUACCACUGCCACUUGUAUCCAUACCCCAGCAGCAACGACGAGAGGAAUGAUGUUGUGGAAGGACUAAGAACUCGCAUUCAGGAUCUGCACACAGUGCUUCAUAGGACAGAGGAUUACCUCAAACAGGUCCUGAUCAGGGCUUCAGAGUCGGUCUACACCUGGGUUGUCCAAGUCAAGAAAAUGAAGGCCAUAUACUACAUUCUGAACCUGUGCAGUUUUGAUGUGACCAACAAGUGCCUGAUUGCUGAGGUGUGGUGUCCUGUCGAUGACAUUCCCAAGCUGCGGAGAGCCCUGGAAGACGGAUCGCGAACAAGUGGUGCGACAGUUCCCUCUUUUGUCAACCGUAUUCCCACCACCGACACGCCCCCCACUCUUAUAAGGACCAACAAAUUUUCCUCUGGCUUCCAGAACAUUGUGGAUGCUUAUGGAGUGUGCUCUUACAGGGAAGUAAACCCUGCUCCUUUUACAAUCAUAACUUUUCCAUUCCUGUUUGCUGUGAUGUUUGGGGACCUGGGUCAUGGAGUUCUUAUGGCUCUGUUUGCCUCCUGGAUGGUGCUGUAUGAGAACAAUCGCAAACUUAAAAACACCAGGAAUGAGAUUUGGAACACGUUCUUCGAGGGGCGUUACAUUAUUCUGUUGAUGGGCCUGUUCUCCAUCUACACUGGUCUAAUUUACAACGACUGUUUCUCAAAGUCUCUUAAUAUUUUUGGUUCUGGGUGGAGUGUGAAGGCCAUGUAUGAUGCAAAAGUGUGGACGAACAAUGAUGUUCUCAAUAAUAAAUUUCUCACUCUGGAUCCAAACGUCACGGGAGUUUUUCAUGGACCGUACCCUCUAGGAAUCGAUCCAAUAUGGAACUUGGCAUCCAACCGCCUUACCUUCCUUAACUCCUACAAGAUGAAGAUGUCUGUGAUACUGGGCAUCAUACAUAUGAGCUUUGGAGUAAUUCUUAGCACUUUUAAUCACAUAUACUUUCGGAAGAGGUACAAUCUCUAUUUGGUAUUUGUGCCUGAACUCCUGUUCCUGUUGUGUCUAUUUGGCUACUUGGUGUUCAUGAUAUUCUACAAGUGGCUGGCCUUCUCUGCAAAGGACUCCAGACAUGUCCCCAGCAUUCUCAUUCACUUCAUAAACAUGUUCCUCAUGCAAGGUGAUGAGAUGCAGCCCCUCUACCCAGGACAGACUGGCCUACAGGUAUUUCUGGUGGUCAUUGCUGUUCUUUCAGUGCCCGUUUUACUCCUGGGGAAACCGCUUUACCUUUACUGGCUCCAGAACAGAGAUCGCCACCACCUGGGAAUGUACAGGGGGUAUGAGCGCGUGCGGCGAAGCAGUGAUGAGGAGCUCUGCCUGCUGAGGACUCAUGAUGAAGAGGAAGGCAGCAGUCACAGUGAUUUCUCCAGUAGUGGAGAACACCUCGCAGAGAAGUUUAACUUUGCAGAUGAGUUUCUUCAUCAAGCCAUUCACACUAUAGAGUACUGCCUGGGCUGCGUCUCAAACACGGCGUCCUACCUGCGGCUCUGGGCUCUAAGCCUGGCACAUGCCCAGUUGUCAGAGGUGCUGUGGGCCAUGGUGAUGAGAGUGGGGCUACGAAUGGACACCAGACUUGGGGUUUUAUUUCUUAUUCCAGUGUUUGGCCUUUUUGCCGUUCUCACUGUGUCCAUCCUCCUGGUUAUGGAGGGACUUUCUGCUUUCCUUCAUGCCCUUCGGCUGCACUGGGUGGAGUUUCAAAAUAAAUUCUACAGUGGGACAGGAGUGAAGUUUUGCCCGUUUUCUUUUUCUCUGCUGCCGUCUAGCUUUGAGCAUGACGGCUUACUUUGAAGGGACGAUCUAAUAACGCUGACAGCUGGUGAACGGAGAAAGAAACAAGCCAGCAGUGUCCUCUGCUUAUAAAGACUAAUUUCAGAGACUUCACUUGGAGUUUUAUAUUUAUUUCUUUUUUAAUUUAAGUGGGAAAAAAACAUGGUGAGUAACAGAAACCUUCGGCUGAAGCAGAAUCACCUCCCAGAGGUUUCAAAAACAGGCACAGAAGGACUGUUUUUUUUUGUUUUUUUAACGGCAGUUUCGAGUAACAAAAGUAUAUAUUUUUACCAGGAUCAGGAUGCUUCAGUACAAAACAUUUUGAAAUACUGUGGAAAUACACCAGGAAGAAUGAAGGUCAUUAAAAAUGAAGAGCUACGUCUUUGGAAUUCAAAGAAGUAUUUUUUUUAGUAUUUAACAGUAACUUUAAUGGAAGAAAAGCAAACACUUUCAGUUUUGCUUGAGAGUAAAUAUUUAUUUGAAACUCCUCUUUUGGACUUUUAUAGAAUUUCCUAUGAAAA